AUGGCUAUUGUAGUACGGGUAGUGGAACACAAAUCUCCCAAUUGUUAUGGAUUCUUGUCCAAUUUCCCUAAUAAGUUUGUAAGUAAUGACUUUUUAUAUUCUACUUGUGUUGUCUUUUUCUAAUCUCAGAUUUAAAUAAAAUUUUAAUUCAACCCCUGUCUUCUUAAUCUGAUUAAAGUGUGAUUCUAUUUGUGUUCAGAUCGAAUCCUCCAGUUUCGCCGUGUUCAAAUGCUCUCGGGUUGAAGCCCCUGAAACCAGCUUUGCUCUCCAAGUUUUUGCAUCCAAACCACCAUUUGAAUAUUUACAUCUAAAUAGAGUAUUCAUUCAAAGGUUGGGAUUAAAUCUAAACGAUCAGCUGAUCCUGGAACAAGUCCGGGAUGUUAAUUAUUGCCAAUGGAUGGAGAUUAAACCAGAGACUUUCGAGGAUUGGAAUAUUGUCGUAAGAAACACCUCUUUCGUAAUUUACAUCAUCUCUUUACAGGAGAAUACCAGCGAAGUAAUUGAAGAGGAUUUUCUGAGGCAACUCAGGGUAGUCCAGGAAGAUCUCCCAUUCGUUCUCUUUUUGUCCUCAGGCAUUUCUAUUAAUUUCAAAGUUGGUAAGUGGGUUUGAAAAGCAUCACAAUUCGGGAUUAAAGGGCCAGUACCGCUACUUUUGCAUCGCGCUUUUUACGGCUUGGGAAGCGUCAUCAUGUUUCCCAGGCCUGGGUGAAAAAACCUCCGUUAUGGCAACCUUUCAUUUGGGGUAGAAGAAGGCCAUUUUUUUUUCUUUGACCCCGCCUAGAGCCCCUUGGCUAGCCAUUUAUUGGGGUCGGCUGUCACUCCUACUUUCGACACCAAUUCCAGCUUUUGGCUAGACAUUUCCGUGGCUUCACAGCCCAUACAACUUUUUGGCAAGCGGAAAGAAAAUUUUAGCUCUCAUGCCAAACAAUGAGUCCAACAACUUUGCAAUAUCGGCAAUAAAUAAAAUAUUGGGCCGAUGCCAGGUCUGUCCACAAAUGAAAGGUUGCGCUAUUAAUCAGCAGAGAGCAAAGUUGCGCAACACUACACAAUUUAGGUCAAGAAUUUGGCAUUUCUUGACUGGGAGCCAUCCAGCCAAGAAAUCGGGACUUCUUGCCAUAAGAUAAAUAUUUAAUUGCACCAUCCUUAUAUAUCCAAUUCAGAGUAUUUAAACCCCGAAUUUCAGUUCAAAUUGGUCCUAAACUGCCUAAGGGUGCACCCGCAUUGAUCUCAAACGCUACUCAAGUGAUGGUCGCUCCAUUAUCUCAACCGAAACUAUCUGAAUAUAGCUCCGGUUGCAAUCAUCCGGACAUUCUCCAUGACUCGGUCUCUCUUUUUAAUCCUUUAAGAUUCUUCAUAUCCCCAGGAAAACCUCAAAUGACGUUGAGAAUUCUACCCAAAGUGUAUUUGAAAACCUUGAAGGUAAAAUUACCGAAUUCUACAGUUGUUACAAUAGGAAACGGUAAGCAAAAAUACAUCUAUUGGUUUGGAGGAGGGGGUUGUUGAGCCUUUCUGAUCUCUGAUUUGUUUACAAACAUUGCAGAGAAUUAUGUCAAAACAACAAUAUAUCGGGUUAUCCGACCAGGUGCUACUUCUAUCUAUAUCAACCUUGUGGUGCUUCCCAAGAGAUCAACCGCACUCUAUGGAAAUUUGGAGACAAUUCACGACGUUUUGAGCAAGGUAAAUAAAAAACUUUUUACGAAAUGACAACAUUGAUUUUUAAAAUUACGGGUUUCCUUCACAAAUAUUGAUUGAAAGAAAUAAUUUUUUGUUCUCAAUCCCCCGUCUCAAUGCAGUAGGAUGUCACCCUCUGUUUGUCUGUCACGCUUUGAGUGAAGCCAAUCUAUUCUCAUUUUGAAAAAUUUGGGGAAAAAAUGUCGGUCAGUUUCGGAAAUUCGUGGGAAAAUUCAAAAUCAUUUCUGAAUUUUUGAAUCAAAAAUUAGUCUGUGAGAAAAUGAGUGUGGUGUGCGGUCGGCUCCUUUCUUUGUGUGCGCAAUGUGCAAAAGCGUUGCAAUAUCUGUAGAGGUCGUCUAUGCGUGUGAUGAAAGAAAGGUUGUGCUUGCGACGAGUGUUUGAUGAAAGGUGAGAAAUUUAGAAAGUUUUAAAAGUGCAAAAUAAAGGCUCAGAGUGAAUCAUGCCGGAAAGGGGGAAUUUUCCGAUAUGCAAAAGAUUUGUGUGUGGACAACCCGUUUUUAAAGGUGACUACUCUGUAGAAGACAGUGUUUUUAACAUAUUUCGGUAAUGUGGUAUGCUGAAGCAAACGCGAGGGGGCCCGGAGGGCCCCCGAGCGUCGAUGCAUGGAACAAUACAACCCUCUCAUAUACUUUACAAGGGAGAACGUAAAAGUUAUCCUUUGAUAAUCUGUACUUUCUCUGUCGCUGAUCUACAACAAUGAAAGCAUACGCGAGGGGCCCGCAGGGCCCCGACCGUCUUAAAACGAGAUCAAUAACGGUUUGUUGGCUAGGAAGGUGCGGAGACGCCCAAAAUUCAACAAAAAAUUAAAAUAAUAAAGGGAGUUUGCCAGUGAAUCCUGUGUGGAGCUGGGACAAUUCGGCUAUUAUAAAUCAACGUCUGUGCUGUGCAAGGGAGGGCGCCGCAGGCGCCCGACCCCAAAAGCUGCUCUUAAAUAAUCUGUAUUCUUCAGUGGUUGUCUGAAGAUGGUCAACAUCAUGCACAGACAAAAGUUGUUCUUUUAUAAUCUGUGUUGUCUUUAUGAUCAUUAACAAGGAAAGCAUACGCGCGAGGGGCCCGCAGGGCCCCGAGCUUCCUAACGCAAGAUCAUGACUGUUUGUCGGCAAAGGACGGUGCCGAAGGCGCCCGGUCUUCAAAAUUAGUGUAAAAUGAUGAAUCAAGCUGUUGAAUAAAAGUGUAGACGUGCCAGAAAAAGGGGGGCCCGAAGGGACCCCCUAUUUUCUGGUGUCCCCUUUCUUAAUGCAAAAGAAUGUCACAUUAUCUGUCUGUCUGCAGCAAAAGUGAAGCCAAACAAUUCUCAUUUUGAAAAAUUCGAGGCAAAAAAUCGGUCUUGAUCAUGGGAAAAUGGGAAUAAUUCAAAAUCAUUUUCAAAGUUUUGGUUUGCGGAGCAGUCAGUCGGAAAAGUGUGAGUGCGGAGUGCGGUCGGGUUCGAGUGCAGGUGAGUGGUGCAGAGUUGGUGAGCUUUUGCAUAUUUUGGGAUAAGUGCGUGGUACUGUGAUAGAAAUUGUAGGAAUUUUGUUUUUUAGGGAAAGUGAUGAAUUUGGGUUAGGGUUUUCAUGAAAAAUUGGGAAUUUUAGGAACGGUUUCACAUGCGAGGGGGCCGUAGGGUUUCAAUUGAAACUGUAUGGAUUCAUUGUGAGUGUAGCUAUUUGAAUCAGGCAUGGAGCCGCAUGCGAGGGGCCUAAUUCCAGUACUCAAUCUCACGAUGAAUGCUACGGUUUCAAUUGAAAGGCUCCCUCGCAUGUGAAAAAGUUUUCAAACUCCUAAUUUUGUUUCAAAAGCUAUCGCAACCCGUUCACUUUCGCUAAAAUCCAAAAUUGCUACAAUUUUAAGAAAUGCUCGGGGUUUGCGGAGUGCCUAAACUGAGCAGUCAGUCGCAAAAAUGUGAGUGCGGAAUGCGGUCGGGCUUGGAGUGCAAGUGAGUGGUGCAGAGUUUAACCUACUGUGAGGAAUUUUUAGGAAUUUUGUUUGGAAUUUUAGGAAUUUUGUUUUUUAGGGAAAGUGAUGAAUUUCGGAUAGGUUUUGACAUAAAGUUAGGAGUUUGGAAACCUUUUCACAUGCGAGGGGGCCGCAGGCCCCCGAGCCUUCCAGUCAAGUCUUCACAGCAUUAAGUAUGAGACGUGGCACCGCAUGCGAGGAGCCGCAGGCCCCGAGCCUUUGGUACACUUUCAAAAAAAAUCAAAAGUUUUCGAGAAAAUUCAAAAGCAAGAGUAAAAGAACAAGUAAAAGUACCAGAAAUAGGGGGGCCCGAAGGGACCCCCUAAUUUCUGGUCCCCUUUUUAAAUGUAAAAGAACAUUUUUCUGUCUGUCUGUCAUUCCGAAGCCAAUCUAUUCUCAUUUUGAAAAAUUCGAGGCAAAAAAUCGGUCUCGAUCGUGGGAAAAUGGGAAUAAUUCAAAAUCAUUUUCAAAGUUUUGGUUUGCGGAGCAGUCAGUCGCAAAAAUGUGAAUCCGGAGUGCGGUCGGUUUCGAGUGCAGGUGAGUGGUGCAGAGUUGGGUACCUUUGCAUAUUUUGGAUUGUGUAAGUGGUAUUGCGAUAGGAUUUUUUGGAAUUUUGUUUUUUAGGGAAAGUGAUGAAUUUGGGUUAGGGCUUUGAUGAAAACUCGGAAAUUUUAGUGAGAGAAAGUUUUGGUUUGAGGAGCCGUCAGUCGCAAAAAUGUGAGUGCGGGGUGCGGUUGGGGCCGAGUGCAAGUGAGUGGUGCAGAGUUGGGUACUUUUGCAUAUUUUGGGAUGAGUACGUGGUACUGUGAUAGGAAUUUUAGGAAUUUAUUUUUUUAGGGAAAGUGAUGAAUGUCGGAUAGGUUUUGACAUAUUUAGGAGUUUGGAAACCUUUUCACAUGCGAGGGGGCCGUAGGCCCCCGAGCCUUCCAGUCAUGUCUUCACAGCAUUCAGUAUGAGACGUGGCACCGCAUGCCAGGGGCCGCAGGCCCCCGAGCCUUUCAAUUGAAACUGUAACAUUCAUCGUGAGCUUCGGUACUUGAAUGAGGGCUAGCACCGCGUGCGAGGGGCCGCAGGCCCCGAGCCUUUCGUAAAAUUUCAAAAAAAAGUCAAAAGUUAACAGACAAUUCAAAAGCAAAGGUAAAAAGUUCAAGUACAAGUACCAGAAAUAGGGGGGCCCGAAGGGACCCCCUAAUUUCUGGUUUUGCAUACUAAUACAGUACUUUCCAGCUUCCAAAUGGCCACUGCUACAUUUCCUACGACCUGCAACAACAAGGGCUUCAACCUUUUAUGAGAAUCCUUUGUUUUCCGGUGAAUGAAUACGAGAUUCGGCCAUUGAAGACUAUCUUGUACAGCUCAUCUGUUCUAGUAUGCCUUUAUCGAAUGUUAUUUAUCCGCUGACUAUUGAUUACUCAGUUAUAUUUUCAGUUAAAACCGAGAUCCCUGGAAAUGGCGCUGAAAGAUGCUUUCAAGAAUAAUUUAUACGUCCCCUUCUUGAUUUCCGGGGCUGGAUGCGAGGUAGCAUUGGCCAAUCCAGGUAAAUUUUGUAACAUUGGUAUCAAUUGAUUAGAUGGCCAUUUUAAGGUAAAACUAAUACCGACUGAAGGGAUUGACGCGACCAAACAAUGUGGCGUAUUUCUGAUGGAUAAACUCCCAGAGUUUAGACAGAGUGUAAGUGUAGAAGGUUUGGCUAGAUGAAUGUUUUAGGAGCACGAGAUCAAGAUUCCUCCAUCUCCAGAACAGAAGACGGUCCACAAUUUUGGAGAGAAACCCUCCAAAUUACAGAGCUUCCAAUUUCAAUCAACCUUUUCUGCAGAGAUCCUCGUCUAUCUUUCAACAAUUUGUCAGCAACAUGAGUGCAAUGGCUUUAAUACGCUUAUUUGUGGAGAAGAAUUCAGUGGGAAGACGACAAUCUUAGAGAUUCUUAGUGCUAGUUUAUACCAAAAACUGAAAGUUUUCUCUCUAAAAGUGGACUGCAAUGAGUUCAAAGGUGAGGCAAACAUGUGUGAAAACUUUUGUUUUGUUUAGGGAAGUCUCCAGACAACAUCGCUUUGUUUCUGGAUCAGAAAUUACGUUAUCUCCAGAACAGAUGGCCUUCGGUUUUAUUCUUGGAUGAAUUCGACUUUUUGAAUAAAGAAUUCGAAGAUGAGGAAAGGUCCAAGUUCAUAUCCAAAGUGUAUUUGAGUAAGUGGCAAAAGACGCUUUGCGAGAAGCUGUGCCACAGGUAUACCGUGAAAUAACUUUUCGGGGCCGGUUUUGAAAGUAAUGUUCAUUUUUUUUCUUCGUGGUACCAUAUAGUACUAUUUUAUACUACAUAGAACGAGGAGAAAAAUAGGCCUUUAGGCGUGUUGUUGUUUUGCUGUUUAAAAGACUUGGUACUAUAUAGUACUUCUGGUACUAUUUAGCUAUAGUACCAGUGAUACUAUAUAGUACGAGUUGAAAAUAAGGGUACUGCGCUGAAUGUGACAGAACCAUUGUUUCAUGCAGAUACGCAAACUCGACUCUAGGGCAGCGCCAAGCCCACCUUCUCACAAAGCGUGUUUUAAUUCAUCAAUUGCAAUCACUUUAUAUUUAGAAAUUUCGUCGUUAAUCACUGAUUAUAAAAUCCCUGUUGUGGCAACUGCUCGAAGUUAUCAUUUCCUGUCUUCCGAUGCCCUAACUUUCAAUGGGAGAAGAUUCUUUACUCUGGUCAAAGAGAUGCCUCAGUUAGAUCAGGUCAGUUAUGGUUAG